GCUAGAUCCACCUGAGGAGGUUGUGGGGUGACUGCGCGGACGCCAUUUUGUCGGUGUUUGUCGCAGCCGCGGCUGGAGAGCGACGACGGCGGUUCGGCGACAUUUCUCGGCCAACAGGCCUUUCGCUUUUGCGGAGAUGCGGCAUUCCAAACGAACUCACUGCCCUGAUUGGGAUGGCAGAGAAAGCUGGGGCCAUGACAGCUACAGUGGAAGUCACAAACGGAAGAGGAGAUCUCACAGUAGUACACAAGAAAACAGGCAUUGUAAACCACAUCAUCAGUUUAAAGACUCUGAUUGUCACUAUUUAGAAGCAAGAUGCUUGAAUGAAAGAGAUUAUCGGGAUCGAAGAUACAUUGAUGAGUACAGAAAUGAUUACUGCGAAGGAUAUGUUCCCAGACAUUAUCAUAGAGACAUUGAAAGCUCUUACCGGAUCCACUGCAGUAAAUCCUCAGUACGAAGCAGGAGAAGCAGCCCUAAAAGGAAGCGUAAUAGACACUGUGCAAGUCAUCAGUCACAUUCGAAGAGCCACCGAAGGAAAAGAUCCAGGAGUAUAGAGGAUGAUGAGGAGGGUCACCUGAUCUGUCAAAGUGGAGACGUUCUAAGAGCAAGAUAUGAAAUCGUGGACACUUUAGGUGAAGGGGCCUUUGGCAAAGUUGUAGAGUGCAUUGACCAUGGCAUGGAUGGCUUACAUGUAGCAGUGAAAAUUGUAAAAAAUGUAGGCCGUUACCGGGAGGCAGCUCGCUCUGAAAUCCAAGUGUUGGAGCACUUGAACAGCACUGACCCCAACAGUGUCUUCCGAUGUGUCCAGAUGCUAGAAUGGUUUGAUCAUCAUGGUCAUGUUUGUAUUGUAUUUGAGCUGCUGGGACUUAGUACCUAUGAUUUUAUUAAAGAAAAUAGCUUUCUGCCAUUUCAAAUUGACCACAUCAGGCAAAUGGCUUAUCAGAUCUGCCAAUCUAUAAAUUUUUUACAUCAUAAUAAAUUAACUCAUACGGAUCUAAAACCUGAAAAUAUUUUAUUUGUGAAGUCUGACUAUGUAGUCAAAUACAAUUCUAAAAUGAAACGAGAUGAACGCACCCUGAAAAACACAGAUAUCAAAGUUGUUGACUUUGGAAGUGCAACAUAUGAUGACGAACAUCAUAGUACCUUGGUGUCCACACGGCACUACAGAGCUCCAGAGGUUAUUUUGGCUUUAGGUUGGGCUCAGCCUUGUGAUGUUUGGAGCAUAGGCUGCAUUCUUAUUGAGUAUUACCUUGGGUUUACAGUCUUUCAGACUCAUGAUAGUAAGGAACACCUGGCAAUGAUGGAGCGGAUAUUAGGACCCAUCCCAGUGCACAUGAUCCAAAAGACAAGGAAGCGCAAAUAUUUCCACCAUAACCAGCUAGAUUGGGAUGAGCAUAGCUCAGCUGGGAGAUAUGUUAGAAGACGCUGCAAGCCAUUGAAGGAAUUUAUGCUGUGUCACGAUGAAGAGCAUGAAAAGCUGUUUGACCUGGUUCGAAGAAUGUUGGAGUAUGACCCAACGAAAAGGAUUACCUUGGAUGAAGCAUUGCAGCACCCUUUCUUUGACUUAUUAAAAAGGAAAUGAAUGGGAAUCAGUGGUCUUCCUAUAUACUUCUCUAGAAGCAAUUACUUUAAGACUGUGUCAGUCAACUAAACAUUCUAAUAUUUUUGUAAACAUUAAAUUAUUUUGUACAGUUAAGUGUAAAUACUGUAUGUUUUGUAUCAAUAGCAUAGCUACCUUGUUAAGUAUAGUGUUGAUAAUGAAUGCAAUAUGAGUUAAAAUGAAUUUUCCCUUUUGAUGUUAAUUGCCAUUUUUAAAGGCCUUUGGAAUACCCUUUGUGUCCAGUGAUUAAAGUGAUUGGUCUUGUCUUUUGUACAUGAAGGUUGACUCUGAAGUGAUUUUUUUUUUUUCUUGAGUAAAAGGAAAUCUUGAC